AUGGAGAAGGAUGAGGCUCCGACCAAGACCCCUAAGGCAUCAGGGACUCCCAAGGCUUUAGGGACACCCAAGGCACCAGAGUCCCCUGCAAAGAAUGAUGGAAAUCCAAUAGAAGAUCAAAAGGAAGAAGGAGACAGUGCUGAUCAGAAAGAGAAAGAUAAGGACGUUACCGAUGGUGGUGAUGAAGAAGACAGCACUCCACUUGAGCCGGUUGAGAUUCCGGAUCCCCAUCCCACCCUCGACAAGCUUUCUGAAGACAUUGAUCGGUGUAUCUCUACAUUGUCUAGACCUAGCGAGAAAGAUGAGAGCCAACAAGAGGAGAAGGAUAAUGCAAAUAAUGAGGCGAAAGAUGCAAAAGGUGGUGAUGAGAAGGAUGAGAAACAUGACAAGGAAGAAGAGAAAGUAACAGAUGACAAGGUUGAAAAGGAAGAAGAGAAGGGUGAGAAUCAAGAUGUAAAAGAAGGUGAAAAGAAUGACAAAGAUGAGAUUAAGGACGAUGAGAAGGAUGAGAAAGAAUUAGGUGAUGAAAAGAAAGAUGAGAAAGAGACUGAAGAAGCUGAGUAUUGCGUCAUCGAAAAAGAAAAGGAUCUAGUUCCAGAGGAGCUCAUUAAGCUUAUUGAAAAGUUCUUGAAUUGGGUAGAUGAUAUCUGUUGCGAAGGAAGAUGCAGGUGGGGUACGGUGCCCGCUGACGACGAGUCGUUUAUGGACGCUGUGGAUCGGAUGGCCAAGCUGAGGGAGUCUCUCUUGUCCGUCUGUUCUAUGGGAUUGAAGUUUCAAGAAAGGCACGGUGGUUUGAUCAACCGCCUAAGUGGCAUUCAGCACCGAGCCAUGGCGUAUCUGGAAGAAGAAUUCCGAGUCCUUCUAGAAGAAUCCAAAACCGAGGCUGAUCAGCACACCACAGCAGCUGAUCACAAAGACAACACCAGUGGUACCAAGGGAAAGAACGAUCAAGACUCAGUGCCGGAAUCCGAGCCGGAAACUCAAGUUGGUGUCGAAUAUCCUGGUUAUCCUCAGGAGGCUGUGUCCAAUCUGAAUAAAAUAGCCAAGAAGAUGAUCUUUGCCGGAUACGAAUUCGAGUGCUGCGAGGUUUACAUCAUUUCAAGGAGGCAUGCAUUCGAUGAAAACCUCCACAGGCUUGGCCUAGAGAAGCACAGCAUCGACGACGUGCAGAAGAUGCACUGGGAGUCUCUGGAGAGAGAGAUCGUGUCGUGGGUCAAGGCAUUGAAGCAAUGCGUGGCGUUCUACUUUUCCGGCGAACGGAAGCUGGCCGAGUCUGUGUUUUCCGAGCACCCGGAAAUUUCGUCGUGCCUGUUCAGCAAUCUGAGCAGAGGAGUGAUGAUACAGCUCCUGAAUUUCGCCGAAGGAAUCGCGAUGGCGAAAAGAGCGGCGGAGAAGCUGUUCAAGACGCUCGACAUGUACGAGGCCGUGAAGGGAGUGGUCCCCAAAAUGGACGAGCUUUUUCCGGAGGCAUGCGUCAACGAUCUCAAGACGGAGACCACGACGGUUCUGGCGCGGCUGGGGGAAGCCGCGAUUUGUAUAUUCUGUGAUUUGGAGAAUUCAAUCAAGGCGGAAACGGGUCGGAACCCGGUACCGGGAGGGGCGGUGCACCCGUUGACCCGGUACACGAUGAACUACCUUCGAUAUGCGUGCGAGUACAAGCACACGCUGGAGCUGGUGUUUAAGGAGCACGCCAAGAUCGAGCGGACCGACUCGACGAGCAAAAGUCGCGACGAGUACGACGCGAGCGACACGUCGUACGCGGUGGCCGACGACGAGUCGCCGUUCGCGGUGCAACUGGCGCGGGUGAUGGCUUUGCUGGACUCGAACCUGGAGGCAAAGUCGAAGCUGUACAAGGACGUGGCGUUGAGCUCGAUAUUCAUGAUGAACAACGGACGUUACAUCAUGCAGAAGAUCAAGGGCUCUCCCGAGAUCAACGCAUGCAUGGGCGACACGUGGUGCCGGAAGAGGUCGUCGGAGCUGAGGCAGUACCACAAGAACUACCAGAGAGAGACGUGGAGCCGGCUGCUGAGUUUCCUGAGCCACGAGGGGCUUAGCAACCAUGGGAAAGUGCAGAAGCCGGUGCUGAAAGAGAGGUUCAAGAGCUUCAAUGCUAUGUUUGAUGAGAUACACAAGACGCAGAGCACGUGGGUGGUGAGUGACGAGCAGCUUCAGUCGGAGCUUAGGGUUUCGAUAUCGGCGGUGGUGAUUCCGGCGUACAGAUCCUUCUUGGGGAGAUUCGCGCAGGUGUUGGACCCGGGAAGGCAAACAGAGAAGUACGUAAAGUUUCAGCCGGAUGACAUAGAGACGUACAUUGAUGAGCUAUUUGAUGGCAACCCUGCCCAGAUUGCCAACCCUAAUUCCAAUUCCUCCAUAUUUAAUAGGAGAAGACCUUGA